AUGACAGACAUUGGCCUUAUGGUUUACUACCUUGGCAUUGAAGUGAAGCAAAUAGAAGAUGGAAUUUUUAUCUCUCAAGAAGGUUAUGCUAAAGAAGUUCUCAAAAGGUUCAAGAUGGAUGAUAGCAACUCGGUGAGCACUUCCGUGGAAUGUGGAGUCAAAUUAUCAAGAUAUGAAGAUGGAGAAAAGGUAGAUUCUACAUUCUUCAAAAGUCUUGUUGGAAGCUUAAGAUAUUUGACUUGCAUAAGGCCGGAUAUUCUUUUUGGAGUUGGACUUGUUAGCCGGUAUAUGAAAGCUCCUACUUCAUCUUAUUUGAAGGUGGCCAAGAGAAUUCUCCGCUACAUCAAAGGUACCCUUAAUUAUGGCCUAUUCUAUUCAUUUGUUGAUAACUUCACACUUGUUGGAUAUAGUGAUAGUGAUUGGGCCGGAGAUGUGGAUGAAAGAAAAGGUACGACGAGAUAUGUUUUCUUUAUGGGAAGUGUGGCUUUUACAUGGUCUUCCAAAAAGCAACCUAUUAUUGCACUUUCUACUUGUGAAGCGGAGUAUGUUGUCAUCUCAAGUUGUGUUUGUUAA